UUAUCAAUUCAUUCUUUUUAUCCCCCAACCGAAUCUUCUGUGACAAAUUCUGGUUUUGAUGUUAAAUUUGUAAGAUCUGUUUCUAUUAGUUUAGGGUUAGAUGUAAGUUACACUCACAGCAUUAUGCAAUAUAUUGUUUCAUCGGGUUACUGUGCGCUCCAAUCCUUAUCAUGACUCUAGCAUGCCUAAUUUGUCACAAUGUAGCUAGUCCUUCUCAUUCUUUUAGAAGUUACUCUGUUUCGAGUUCAGAAAAUGAUGGUCGGUGUUCAAGAAUUGUCAACUAUUUAGCGAGGAAAACAUCAAGUCCAACUGACACAGUUAACCCUGUGAUUACAUCAUCAAAGGUAACUCCACAGUCAAUCGCUCAAGGAAUCACAGGGCCUCCACGAUUAGUUCGCAGUCGACCUGUGAGUAGGGAUCUUGUGCGGAACUGGAACUUUGACGAAAUCGAAAUGGAACGCUAAAUUAGAUGGAAUAAAUUCUUGAGUUCUCUGCUAUUGAAAUCUGUGCAUAAACUAUUUCCUUCAUUUCUUCAGUCAUCUUUAGAUUAACCUGUUCAAGCAUGUCCUAUUGUAGUUCCCAUUACACAGUGGAAGUUAUGCAGACAUCCAUUGAUCGCUAAAUUAGUUUGUAUUAGGUAGAGUUGUUCCUUUUUCUAUUAUUCAUUCAUAAACAACUGAAGUUUGGCAUUUUGUCCAUUGUCAAUUUGUAUCAAACUGGCAUAUGCUUAAAUGAUCUGCAAUAAAGUUGAAACAAGCUUAUCAGUUAUGAUUCU